AUGGACAGGCUCUACCAAGAAACGAGCGCCCAAGUAAAUCAAGUCCACACCGCCCUCGCCCGUCUCGAGGUGGCCCGCGAUGAAAAUGAGGCCCAGUAUGAAAUGCAGUCGAUCAACGCGCAGCUCCGCGACAUCCAGGAGAACUACGACCGACUGCAAAUCUACGUCAGCAAGGAGCCGCCGCAACGCCGGCACGUGGCCAAGAUGAAGAUCGACCAGCUGUACUCGGAUUAUCAGAACUCGAGCCAGGCCGUGACGAACAUCUACACGAGAAUAUCGGCAAGAUGGAGGGCGGCCGCGCAGCGGGAAGAGCUCCUCCGACAGCGAGUCGACCGCACCAACGGCGGCGUCGCCCUCACCAUCAACGACCACGAGCUGAUGGUGCACGACCGGUUAGAACAUUCCAACCGUGGCGUCGACGACCUGAUCAACCAGGGCGCCGAGGUGCUGAACAACUUGCGCACGCAACACCUAAACCUACGCGGCGUUCGACGGAAAAUCUUCGAUAUCGGCGCGACGCUCGGGCUCUCGGACACGACGCUGCGGAUGAUUGACCGGCGUGUCCGCGAAGAUUGGCUCAUUUUUGUGGUGGCCUGUAAUACGACCUACUUCGCAAUGGCCUCCGGCGAUUCGAAUAACGCGCAAGAGAACGCGCCGAAGACGCUCGCCGACUACGAGGCAAUGUUCGCCGGACGCUACUCUAGUCAGGACCCGGACUACGCCAAGAUUGAAAGAGGAUUCGACCCGACGAUAUGCAUCCAUCCCUGGGGAUGGCAACAAGGUGGCGGCAAACGAUCAUGGGAGCCAAGCGGUCGUCCACCAGUCUUC